UGCUAUGAUACUUGUCUUGUUGGUCAGUAAGGUAUGUUUCGUGUAGGCUAAAGUUGUCUCCUCUCGUUCUCGAGCUUAAGCUUAAUUCAUAAUCUAUUUUAACCAAACGCAUGGAGACAGCUCUUCUUAUUCAACGACCAAAUUAACCUUUGAGAGUUAAAAGAAUAAUGUUUAAUAAUCGACAAUCUCGCCGGAGGUUCCGGCUCGGUAACUUAGCUAGACUUGUCCAGUUGCGUCAAAGCGUCAGCCAACAACCACCACCGCGGCGAAGGACUCUUCAAGAAACUUGGUCUCAGUCUCCACCACAUUCACCGCCACAAUCGCCUUCGUUUCAGCUGCCUCCAACUCAAUUUCUAUCUCCGAUAACUUCAACAUCAACAGUACCUUCACCACACUCUCCACCACAACUAAAGUCAUCACCAGUAUCGCCAUUACCACCAAAACUAAAUGAAGAGCAUCAAUCGCAGCCAAUGUCAUCAAAACAUGUCACAACACAUCGGAGUCUACUUAUCCAAUCACCACCUAUAUCCCCGCCAGAAUACACUGAAUCUCUAGCCUUGGUGCCUCAUACACCACCAACACCAGAAGCAAAGCCACUGUCCCCUACGUCAAAGCUAAAGGCUACCGAAGAAUCUCAGUCCCAACCGUCUCCUCCUCUCAACUCUAGUGAUGAAACUCGGUUUCUAUCACCUCCGCCACCACCGUCAUUGUCAGAACCUAAGUCUCAAAUGCCUUCAUCACCACCAGAAGCUAAAACUCCAUCUUCUUCGCCGUUAACAGUUGACGCUAAUGAAGAAUUCAAUUCCAAAAUGUCUCCACCGUCUACAUCUACUAAAGAAACUCAAUUGAAACCAUCGCCUCCAACGUUAUUAGAAACACCACAAGAAGCCAUGACUCCACCACCAUCUUCACCGCCAACGUUAGAAGCUAAUGAAGAAGUCCAACCCCAGCCGUCUCCACUCCCGUCAAAAUCCACUGACGUAAAUAUCUCACAAUCACAGCCGAUUUCGCCGCCACCACCAUCGUCAUUGUCAGCAUCCGAUGAAUCUCAUCCGCCUUUACCACCACAAGAAGCCAAAACACUACCGUCUUCGCCGUCAACAAUAAACACUAAGGAAAAUUUUCAAUCAUCUAACGAAACUCGGUUCCGAUCAUCAUUGUCAAAAAGAAGAGACAUACCACCGCCUUCAUCACCAUCAGAAGCUAAAACUCCACCGUCAACGCUAAACGCUACUGAAAAAUCUCAUCCGCUUCGACCGUCUAAAUCAAUCAAUGAAACACGGUUCCAAACACCGCUUCCAUCAGAAGCCAAAACUCUACCGCCUCCUCCACCAUCAACGUUAAACGCUACUGAAGAACCCCAAUCCCAACCGCCUCGACCAUCUGAAUCCAUUAAUGAAACUCGACUCCUAUCAUCGCCUCCGUCAUUAUCAGAAUCUGCUAAAUCUCAACAGCUACUACCACCACCGGCAGCUUUAAUUCCUCCGCGAACGCUAAACGCUAUAGAAGAUUCCCAGUCGCGCUCGCCUCGGCCGCCUUGGUCGUCUGAAUCCAUAAAUCAGGCUUUGGCUCGAUCAUCGACUCUAUCGGAAACAUCGCCACCGUCAUUAUCAAAAUCUGGAGGUUCUCAGCCGUCUUUACCGCUAGAAGUACAAAAUCCAAUGUUAAAAGCUAAUGUAGAGUUCGAAUCACAAACGUCUCUGCCGUUUGAAUCUAUUGCUGAAACUCAAUUUCGAUCAUCGCCGCCGCCACCACCGUUAUCAGAAUCUGGUGAAUCUCAACCACCGCCAGAAACUAAAAUCCCACCGUCUGUCUCGGCUACUGAAGAAUCUCAAUCCCAACCGCCUCCGACGCUUCUGCCAUCAAAAACUAUUGAUGAAACUCGGUCUCAGUCACCAGUUUCGUCGCAAACAUCGCCACCCUCAUUGUCAAAGUACGUUGCAUCUCCGUCGUCGAAAACCAAAAAUCUACCGUCUUCGCCGUCAAUCCUAGAAGGUAACAAAGAUUUCCGAUCUGAAACGUCAUCACCACCAGAAGCCAAAAUCCCACCGUCAACACCAAACGAUACUGAUAAAUCGAAACACCAGUCGCCUCCAUCGCUUCUGCCAUCUAAAUCAAUUGAUCGAACUAGGUCCCAUUCAUCGCCGAUUUCAACACCACUACCAUCAAAAUCUACAGAAAAACCUAAAUCAACACAGCCAUUGUUGUUGUCCCCGAAAGCUGUUGAAAACCUCAGAUCUCAAUCACCUAUGUCACUACCAACACUAACAUCACAAUCGCCGAUGAAACCUCCAAUUCCUUCUCUUUCCACGUCUCCAGCCACGGUCACCGCACCGCCGCCGCAACUCAAACCCGAAAUAAUUUCGUCGCCUAAACCGUUGGUACCCCAAACUAAACCUAAGCCAAUUGAUGAAUCUCACACUUCACCAGACAAUAACAAGGAACAAAAUCACAACCCAGAGAAACCGGACGCCAAACUCAGGAAAAAGAUUCCGGCUGAGAAUGAAGAACCAGAAGCAAGGAUCACCGGAAAAAUAAACAAUAAAAGUAAAGGAAAGGCAAUAUGGUCAGCGAAAAAGACAGAGCCAAUGAUAAUGAUGUUCAUUAACAGUAACGUACAAGGAUUCAACACUUCUCUGUCGCUCGAUUCAUCAUCCAUCGAUCAUGAACCAGGCGUCCACUUGACCAUUGAUUCUAAUCAAAGUUGUGAUUUUUCUUCCAAAGUGUUUUAAUUUAUAUAAAAGAGCUGUUUU